GUUGGAUUAUAAACGUCAAUGUCAGUCACACUGUCAAUUUUGAUAAAGUGAAAAAUUUCAUUGUAUUUACCUCAAUUUAUUUAAAUUAUAAGCCGCUAAAUGAUAUAGUAAAGAUAGAUAUCAAUUAAAAUUAUGUUUGAUUAAUGUCUACAAAAGAUCCUUGCAAACCUUACGCUUGUAGAAUUCAAGCCUGUUUGAAAGAAAAUCGCUUUCAAGAAAAACCUUGCCAGACAGUCAUUGAGGAUAUGCGAGAUUGUUGCAGGAAGUGGAAAGAUAAGAGCUUUGUAUGUGGUGGUAUUGACAUAUCAAAAAAACGAGAAACAGCUAAUAAUGAACAAUAGUCGUAUGAAUAACCGACUCAGAGCCAAAGACCGUGGAUUGAUUUAUAGAUAUCCCAGAACGUUUGUUAUAACCACAACAACCCUUUCACUCUUAGUAUUAUUCUCGAAACCCAUAUACGAUAGUUUCUUCAGCCCAGUGGAGUACGAUUGGGAAGAAAUCAAAAGAAACCACAAAUCUAGAUUUAGUAAAAA